GAGGCUCUGACACACGUCGACAACAACACGUGUGCACUUCUAACGUAAACAUCGGCAUUUAUAUCAUUAUAUCUAAGCGUGAUAAUAUAGAAGUGAGGUAAAACUUGGUGGACCGUGAUACAUUGAUAUACACAUUUUGUUGACAUUAAUUGUACAAAAUCACAGAUACAUAUAAGGAUUUUAGGCCGGUGACAAUGUGGUUGGAGUGGUUCAGAGGGACUGUGGCUAUAGUUAUACUGGAGUGGUCAGUCCAUGGGAAACCUACCAUAGACAAACAGCUGGCUGGCCCGUGUGCGGAUGCUGCCGAUCCGAUGGCGUGUUUACAUGGGAUUCUUAUGCACGGUGACAAAAACAAAGGAGAGACACACGAAGCGGAGGAUGCAUACCUUAAGUUCAGAUCCAAUCUAGCAGCAGGCGCAAAGGUCAAGGUAGGACCUUCUGACGCAGAGGAAAUGUUCCAUGGCGUUUUAAUGCACGGUGAUGACGAAACGAAUAUCGCACAUGAGCACAAAGACACUGCCGAAGUAAAGCCUGAAAAUCCUACCAAAAUCAACCUUCCUCAAGACAUCGAAGAUUACAUGCAUGGAGUGCUGAUGCAUGGCGAUGACGAACCAGGGAUUGACCACAAGAAAGAUCACCAAAAACUCAAACAAGAUGAAGGUCAGGGUUCAAAUGUUCCUAAAGGACCUGAUGACCUGGACAACAUGAUGCACAAACUCAUGCAUAUCGAUGGCAACACAACACAUGACCACGAGAAAGAUGGCGGACAGGCCGCUGUAAAGGGACCAGAGGAUCUUGACGACAUGAUGCACAAACUCAUGCAUAAAGAUGGAGACAUAUCACAUGAUCAUGAAAAAGAACACGAUACCGACGUCGAUAAAGGUCCAGCCGACCUAAACGACAUGAUGCAUAAACUCAUGCAUGCGGAUGGGGACAUUUCUCAUGAUGACGAGAAAAAUGGCGACAAAAAGCAUGAUUCACAAUCUAUCAAAGGAACGGUGGCUGACAUGGAUGAUAUGAUGCAUCGUCUGAUGCACAAAGAUGGAGACAUAUCACAUGAUCAUGAAAAAGAACACGAUACCGACGUCGAUAAAGGUCCAGCCGACCUAAACGACAUGAUGCAUAAACUCAUGCAUGCGGAUGGGGACAUUUCUCAUGAUGACGAGAAAAAUGGCGACAAAAAGCAUGAUUCACAAUCUAUCAAAGGAACGGUGGCUGACAUGGAUGAUAUGAUGCAUCGUCUGAUGCACAAAGAUGGAGACAUAUCACAUGAUCAUGAAAAAGAACACGAUACCGACGUCGAUAAAGGUCCAGCCGACCUAAACGACAUGAUGCAUAAACUCAUGCAUGCGGAUGGGGACAUUUCUCAUGAUGACGAGAAAAAUGGCGACAAAAAGCAUGAUUCACAAUCUAUCAAAGGAACGGUGGCUGACAUGGAUGAUAUGAUGCAUCGUCUGAUGCACAAAGAUGGAGACAUAUCACAUGAUCAUGAAAAAGAACACGAUACCGACGUCGAUAAAGGUCCAGCCGACCUAAACGACAUGAUGCAUAAACUCAUGCAUGCGGAUGGGGACAUUUCUCAUGAUGACGAGAAAAAUGGCGACAAAAAGCAUGAUUCACAAUCUAUCAAAGGAACGGUGGCUGACAUGGAUGAUAUGAUGCAUCGUCUGAUGCACAAAGAUGGAGACAUAUCACAUGAACACGAAAAAGAUGGGGAUUUAGGUUCCGAAAAAGCUGAUGGACCUGUGGACCUGGAGGAUAUGAUGCAUAAAAUGAUGCAUAAAGAUGGCGACACGUCACACUCCAAUGACAAUAACGGACAUGACCAGCUGACUGGAAAGAUUGGACCUAAUUCAGAUGACCUUCACGGUAUGUUGAUGCACGGAGAUAAAGAAACUGGGCACGUGCAUGAACACACGAGUAGACAAAGACCAUUCAAGAUGGACAAAUACGCAAUACGGAAUCUUAACAUCGAUGAAGACAUCUUGAAAUCCGUAGGGUUGGAGUCAAUCCUUCAGGAUCUUGAGGACUAUGAUCAAUGGAAAAAGAACAAUGCCAAGAAAGUUGAUGCCGAACUUGACGAUAUCUCGGAUAAUAUUUUGUCUGAUAUUGAGUCAAUGAAAAGGCGCUAUCUCAAAAGGGCACGUGAAAUCGAUCCCAAGAAGAUUACUGGGAUUACCGAGAAGGAGGCUUUGGAUCACAUGGAGAAAACCUCUGGUCAUGAACACCUGGGUGACGACGCAACACAUAACCUUGAAUUGAUUGGUAGCACGGGGCCAAUCAGCGAGCGCCACAAAGUUUUUAAAGAGGGAAAAUCUUCCGAUGAUUUAUAAAGUCUUAAACCAUCCGCGUUUUGUAAAUGAAUACAUUUGCUGUGAAUAAUAAUCUCGAUAUUUUAUAUUAUUUACACAAUUUAUUAUUUUGUUUUAUAAAAACAAUAUCUACUAAAAUUAAGGCGCUUUCGAUUGUAUAUGUUAACAGAAGGCAGUAACUUUGCAUUUCAAACAUGUUACAGGUGUCGCUUGUGGAGGCUUUAUUAGAAGUGAAAAUCUUGUAGAACGCUUGAUACAGUUGUUACUUUUAAUCUCGCUUAAUAGUGACAUUAUAACAGGCUUCUUGCAAAGGGCACUCUAAGAAGCUUGUUACAAGUGGCGCUCUAACGAGCUUGUUUGUUGCAAGUCGCAAUCUCAAAUACUUGCUCAAAGUGACAUUCUCACGUGAUUGAUAUAGGUGGUUCUCUCACUAACUUGUUACAUGUGACACUCUCACGAGCUUGAUACAAGUGGCACUCUCACAAACUUGCUACAAGUGGCUCUCAAAAAAACUAGGUACAAGUGGCACUCUCACAAACUUGCUACAAGUGGCUCUCUAUAAGUCUUGUUAAAAGUGGCACUCUCACAAGCUUGAUACAAGUGGCCCUCGAAGAAGAUAGCUAUAAGUGGCACUCAAGGAAGCUAGCUACAAGUGGCACUCUCACAAGCUUGCUACAAGCGGCACUCUCACAAGCUUGCUACAAGCGGCUCUCAAAGAAGCUAGCUACAAGCGGCUCUCAAAGAAGCUAGCUACAAGUGGCACCCUCAAAAGCUUGUUACAAGUGGCACUCUCACAAGCUUGAUACAAGUGGCUCUCGAAGAAGCUAGCUACAAGUGGCACUCUCACGAGCUUGCUACAAGUGGCUCUCGAAGAAGCUAGCUACAGGUGGCACUCUCACAAGCUUGAUACAAGUGACAUUCUUACAUGAUUGAUACAAGUGGCACUCUCCAAGCAUUGUUACAAUUAACACUUAAAGAGUGUACGGGAUUGUUACAGUUGGCACUCUUGCAGGCUUCUUACACGUGGCAUUCUUGCGGGAGGUUUGUUAAAAUUGGUGCUACAAAUUCAAGGCAUGUUAUAUUACCGGUAGCAUGAUAAAGACACAUAGCAACACUUAGUCAGAUACAUUUGCUAAUAAUUUUAUUAACAAAUCAAUAAUCUUAUGUAUAAAUGUAUGGUAUAAUAUACAAUUGAUGAAUAUAUAUACAUGUAUAUAUGUAAAGUGAUGAAUUUGUGACUUAAUUCAAUUUCAUUUUAAUAGGUCAUGCAUUAGUCUAUGGGGUACCCUAGCAUUCAAAAUUACCAUUUGAUAAUCUUAUCAAUAUCAAUAUCAUAAAGAAAAGCUAAAACUAAUAUAAAAAGAAGCACAAUGUGACGAGGUUGAAGUCUGACAUGGAGUCACACAAAAUUUAAGGGAAGAGAGA